UUCCCAGGACUGCCUCCUUCUUGUUCGCUUAUGUAGAUGAAAAAUGAGGUAACGGCACUCCCCCGCCCCACCCUCCUCCCAGAAGUGCCCAGGGUGUAAACGCAAUAGCUUGUGUGAAGUCCACUGGAACCCAGGCUCACCAAGUCAGUCUUAACCAACACAGGCCCCAGCACCUGCAGAGCAGACACUGCGAUGACAACGGACGACACAGAAGUGCCCGCUAUGACUCCAGCACCAGGCCACGCUGCUCUGGAAACUCAAACGCUGAGCACUGAGACCUCUUCUAGGGCCUCAACCCCAGCCGGCCCCAUUCCAGAAGCAGAGACCAGGGGAGCCAAGAGAAUUUCCCCUGCAAGAGAGACCAGGAGUUUCACAAAAACAUCUCCCAACUUCAUGGUGCUGAUCGCCACCUCCGUGGAGACAUCAGCCGCCAGUGGCAGCCCCGAGGGAGCUGGAAUGAGCACAGUUCAGACCAUCACAGGCAGUGAUCCCGAGGAAGCCAUCUUUGACACCCUUUGCACCAAUGACAGCUCUGAAGAGGCAAAGACACUCACAAUGGACAUAUUGACAUUGGCUCACACCUCCACAGAAGCUAAGGGCCUGUCCUCAGAGAGCAGCGCCUCUUCCGGCCCCCAUCCGGUCAUCACCCCGUCACGGGCCUCAGAGAGCGGUGCCUCUUCCGACGGCCCCCAUCCAGUCAUCACCCCAUCAUGGUCCCUGGGAUCUGAUGUCACUCUCCUUGCUGAAGCCCUGGUGACUGUCACUCACAUUGAGGUUAUCAAUUGCAGCAUCACAGAAAUAGAAACAACGACUUCCAGCAUCCCUGGGGCCUCAGAAGAUCACAUCCCCACGGAAGGGGUGAAGGCCUCGUCCACCUCCGAUCCACCAGCUCUGCCUGACUCCACUGAUGCAAAACCACACAUCACUGAGGUCACAGCCUCUGCCGAGACCCUGUCCACAGCCGGCACCACAGAGUCAGCUGCACCUGAUGACGGGAACCCACUCCCCACUAACAGCGCCACAGAAAGAGAAGUGACAGCACCCAGGGCCACGACCCUCAGUGGAGCUCUGGUCACAGUUAGCAGGAAUCCCCUGGAAGAAACCUCAGCCCUCUCUGUUGAGACACCAAGUUACGUGAAAGUCUCAGGAGCAGCUCCGGUCUCCAUAGAGGCUGGGUCAGCAGUGGGCAAAACAACUUCCUUUGCUGGGAGCUCUGCUUCCUCCUACAGCCCCUCGGAAGCCGCCCUCAAGAACUUCACCCCUUCAGAGACACCGACCAUGGACAGCACAACCAAGGGGCCCUUCCCCACCAGCAGGGACCCUCUUCCUUCUGUCCCUCCGACUACAACCAACAGCAGCCGAGGGACGAACAGCACCUUAGCCAAGACCACAACCUCAGCGAAGACCACGAUGAAGCCCCCAACAGCCACGCCCACCACUGCCUGGACGAGGCCGACCACAGACGUGAGUGCAGCUCUGGAAGCUUCUAUUCCAGCCAUAGCCACACAGAGGAGCAGCAGGCAGGCAUCAGGCCCAAGCUGCUGCUCUCUGACGGGCUCGGACCCCAUGAAAGUGGGGCCUGCUGGAUGCAUUUCCUGGGAUUCUGUGGAAGCUGAUCAGGUUGCUGGGGCAAGUGGAGGCAGGAUAGAGGUGAAGGGCUGUGGGAUGGAGAACCUCAGAAGACUCCAUCUGGGGUCUGGGAAAGGACAGACAGGCACCUCUGUUUACCCGCCCCCCGCAGUGACCCCCAUACUGUCCCCGGAAUGGACGGACUCACGGGCUGUCACAUCGCGCACAUCUUCCCCGGAGAAGGGAUGUGAAUCUUGGUGGGGUGGGGGGCACUACCUGGCCCAGCACAGGGUGCAGGUGGGUGACCCGGGAGACUCUCCCCGCUCCAGACCUGUCAUCAUGUUGCCAUCUGAGGCGGCACUCACAGGUUUGCGGGGCUGCACAUCUUUGGGGGCCUCCACUCAGCCUGGCGCAGUGUGUGCCCAGCAAGUAGACGACCGCAUCCUCGCCAGCACACAUGUGCUAGAAACUUCUGUCAGGAAACGCCGCUCUUCACAGCCAAGGGUGGAAACUACUGGAUGCAUUGCAGAGCUGACACCCUCCCUCCGGCCUGGCUCCGAGCCGUGCCUGGUGUGGUGGAGGGGUGGAGGCCACCCUCACCGGGCCCUGUGUGCUGCUCUGAUGCCGCUGAGGGGGCCGGGGCCUCGGUGUGCCCUCAGCGCGUCCACUCCAGAGGGGAGCCUGCACCCACGUUUUGGCCCUGUGGGGACCACUGCAGGUGGUGUGGCCCCUGAGGGGAGCAUAAGGGUGCAGUAUGUGACUCAGGGGACACAGAAGCCCUGUCCAUAUGGCCUUUUACGCAGCACAGCACCCAGCCCUCGGCAGCCCAGAGCAGGAACCAACAGGAUAGGUGCCCAGGGGCCCCAAAGGUCAGAGUUCCUCCCACAGCUGCCAGGGAGCACAGGGACCGCAGCACAGGGUCUUCUGCUCAGCACCGGGACCCCGCUCACUGCAGCUAAAGAAACAGAUACGUCCAAGGGCUCCACGGCCAGGGCCGGGCACCUGAAACAGGGUGGUCCUGGGGCGGCCACAUCCACUCCUUCCAGGUGCUCCGCGCUGCCCGCCCGGCCCUGCACAGACCCGAGGCGGCACCAGGGGGCGCUGCCGGCCCGAGAACACGGGCACGGGGCGGAGGCUGCAGAGCAGGAGCCGCUGUGCGCGUUCAGGCAGCUGCUCGGGACCCCUGGCACCGACCGCAGCCCCCAGAGGCCCCCGGGGGGUUUCCGCCUGAGCCUAAACUGA